ACAACGAUCAAUAUCAUUACAUCCACGAUCUCUUCAAUGACACAACAAAUAUAGCUUAUCAACUUCUUGAAAUGUCCAGUUUGGGCAAACGUACGGCCGAAGAGCCAUUGCGGCCUAACAAACGAGCACGACAGCGAGAACAGAAGAAGUUGGCUCAUCAGAUCGAUGUCGAAUCACAAGCAAGUACGUCCACAUCUGCGGUCUCGAGUCCAGUACCAUCUGUCAAGCUUCCCGCUCAGUUGUUUGUAGAGAAAGAGCUGGCAUCUUAUGCAUACGAAACUCAAUCGUUACUCAAAGCGAUCAAAUCGUCUUCGGGCGGAAGUAGUAUUCGAGCAUGGCAAAUGCUACCACGACAUAAAAGAAGGAGAAAUGCAAGUCAUAAUCUACUUUCCCUGCCCAAACGAUUACGUGGAAAGGGUAAAGCUGAAUUGCGUGCCAGUAAUACUACACCACUUUCACGAUCCGAUAUACGAAAACGGAAAGGAAGGAAGUUACGUGCAAUGAUGGGAGCUUACCCAAGAAGAAAGGAGGGAAAACGCAAAUCUGAGCUGAUCGAUAGAGCAGCUGAUGCGGCUGCAAAUGGGAAAGCAUGGCUCGAAACGCACAUGUGGCAUGCAAAACGGUUCAGAAUGUCCGGUCAAGAAUCAAAGAUGAUUGAUGGUAAACCGAUCGUACGAACUGAUCGAUGGGGAUUCAAUUUGGCAGAAGAGUCUCAUUUGAAAAGUUUCAGAAGCAGUUGGAGAGAUGAAAAGAAUGCAGUCACAAUCAUCGAUCGCAGUUAUGAUGCUUGGCUACGUGUGAGUGCGAUUGCACGGAAAGGCACGUUAUCGGACUCAAUAGCGGCUCUGUCCAGCAUUCUACAGAAAGCCGGCUUCGAUGGGGAAUGGAAGGGAGAUUCGAUCGGCAUCUAUAGUCAAAGAGCGUUCGAGACCGUCUUAUCCAGUCCUGUUGACAAGGACAAAGAGAACAGGCGAGACAGGGAGAACGAAGUGGAAGAGACACCUUUGACUGCAUCAAGACGUGCUGUUGCGAAAGUGCAGAUCUUUUGGCAACCUGCCCAAGACGCCUCCAAAAGACAAGAAGUACUGAUUAGAACGCAUCCGACAAGCAUUGCUCAAGUAGAGAGAGCAGUUCGUCAGGCAAUCGUACCCGGCUUACAGAGCACCAAUACCAAAGCACAGGUCGAUUUGGUACGUUUGAACGAUAUACCCCAUCCUAUCAUCUCGGCAGGUUCUGGCGCCAAAGGAAGACGACAUGGAAAGCAACCUGUAAGGAAGAAGGAGGCAAAACCAAUGGAAGUGAAAGAGAUUCAGCGGCGGUCUGGCAAGGAAAUGAUAGAACAGCUUACGCAGAACUUCUUGCGGGAAUGGCAGCGUAAACAGGCCUACAAUGUAUUUGAGAUAUGCGGACCCUCAGCGGAUAAAUUGAUUUCCAAAGUUCUGGUCCCGACUGAGGAUUACAACGAUCAAAGUCAUCUGGCAAGCAAGCUGAGGAGCGGUAAAGGCGUGGAUGGAGAGAUCAUUUCGCUGGAAGUUUAUGAUCCAAGAUUGAGCUUUCCUCCGCGAGGUGAGAAGAAGCAAAAGAAGCAGGCUGCAUCUCUUCCCGUGCGAAAUGAGCAGAAGCUCUUUGUCGAGGGAUGUCCGACUCCAACAUAUAGCAGCGGUGAGAUACACAGCAGAAGGGCUUCUUUGCCUAUACCUGGCUCACGUUUGAAGCCAACGUCAAAAGAUGAUAUCAUACCCGUUAUCCUGGUCCGUAGUCGUCAGUCAUCACAUCAAUCAAAUUGGACGAUUGUCCUACCAAGAGGAUGGGGAAAAGCAUUUUGGCUUUCAUUCGUUCAUCCUGGGACACGUGUGUUAGGACAAAAACAAUUGCACGCUUUGCAAUUUGAUAAAGGUAAACCAACUUUUCCUUGUGAUUGGGUAUCAACACCUGCUUUCAAACGGUGGGCUGAAAGUGAAGGUCAAUAUGCUUUUGAUAUUUGGCAUCGUACGCCACCGGCAAAGAGAGUCAAUUUUGAUCACAACGGAAUUCGUUGGCCGUUUGGUGGGGAUGCGUUGUGGUUGGAAGUUGUACGAAAUGGGAUGGUUUAUAGUAUCGGAGAUAAUAGCGAACAUAUCAAAAAUUCUGCAAAAGGAUCACCUUGGCUAUAUGCUGGCGUUAGUCGCUCGUUCACAUUGCAUGUCUUGAUUGAAAUGUAUGGGGACUGGAUCAAACGGGAUAAAGCUGUUGAAUCUUCUUUACCGUUUGUUCCCCUCAUUUCACAAUUAAGUCGUGCAAUAUUGGUCGUUCGAUUGACUGCUUGUCGAAGAGGAGCAUUUGAAAGAUGGGAUGAAAUCCAUUCGCUUUCAUACGAACAAAGUCAAAGAUGGAGAUCAUCAUUACAAGCCACACAAGAUGAUAAAUAUCAACGUGAUCAACUUCAAAAUCUAGAACAAAAGGGUGUGAAAGGAUCCAGUCAUAUUGGCUCAAUCACUACCGGUCAAUUUGCACUCUCGAACGGAAGAGGUAAAGCGAUUGGCAGCAUCAGCUUAUUGGCCUAUUUGCAAAUUGCAUGGCACGAGCAGCAAUUCAAUAGUACAACUCAACCGACUUCCAAUGGCACCAAAGCAGUUGUUCGUAAUCCUAUUCCACUCUCCAAUCUUGUCCUUAUUCGUUCUACCAAAGGAGGGCCAAUGCGUGCAGCAAGCAUGGAAGCCGUAUCAUUGCUAUAAGAUCACAUCUUUGAACAGCAUUAACACAGUGUAUAACAAUCACCUUUGUAUUUUUAAAACAAAAGGCCAUUCAAUCUCAUGCC